ACUGUCGAAACUGUUUUUGCUACGCACGGUGUAACCUGUACAGAGUAUUGGGUCAGUUUCAGAAAAAGUAUUGGGUACUUUAAAUUUGGACUUCUGUUCUCUGUGAUACUUGAGCGUCCUGAAAGAAAAAGUUCUGCUCUCAGAAGUGCUUCCAUACUUGUCAUUUCGAGCAUUAGUCAGGGCCUUCCAGGAAAACACACGUCUCUGGGGGAGAUUUUGCUAAGGGCAAAAUCUGCACGCCGUGAUACAUAGGAAUGGAAGGUAUUUGUGGUCUUUUGUUAGGAACAUUUUGUUUCAUUGCAGACAUAAUUUGGUUAAGGAGCUCGAAUUAAAAGUGGCCACAAACUCACACGACCUGUAACGUAAAUGCAAAAGCCCGCAGCGGACGGGAGUGUGGGCGUCGGAACCUUCCGUCGGGGAUUUGCUGUGAGGGGGGACCGGAAGAGGACUGCGAUUCUUGUGGCGAUGUGGCGAGGCGGAAGGCUGCGCUCUCGUGGGGUGCGUUUUCUGGAAGCGUUUGGGUUGGGGCGGCCCAGCGCGGUGGCGGAGCCUCCCCGCGCAGCUUGGUCGGCUUACUCGGGGAAUCAGCUCACUAGGAGUCUACAGAUUAAGCCACGGGAAUUCAGUGAACACAGGACCAUGUGGUUUAGAUCCUACAGGGUGACUUUUUCCUGUUUGAACAGAAUAAAAACUUACAGGACUCCUUGGAAAAGAUUAUACAGUACUUCACAAACAACAAUUGACAGCAAGGAGUUAAAAACCUUCCUGGCCCUGGCUCACAAGUGGUGGGAUGAGCAAGGAGUAUUUGCACCUCUUCAUUCUCUGAAUGACCUGAGGGUGCCAUUCAUUAGAGACAAUCUUUUGAGAACAAGUGUCAGUCACCAUCCUGGAAAGCCCUUGUCUGGGAUGAGGAUUCUUGACGUUGGCUGUGGCGGUGGGUUAUUAACUGAACCUCUAGGUCGACUGGGGGCUUCGGUGACCGGAAUCGACCCGGUGGCUGAAAACAUCAAGGUAGCACAGCAUCAUAAAUCAUUUGACCCAGUCCUGGACGAGAGGAUAGAGUACGAGGCGUGCUCCCUGGAGGAGACUGUGGAUGAGCGUGCGGAAAGUUUCGAUGCUGUUGUGGCCUCGGAAGUUGUCGAGCAUGUGGCCAACCUUGAAAUAUUUUUGCAGUGCUGCUGUCAAGUUCUAAAACCUGGUGGCUCUUUAUUCAUCACUACGAUCAACAGAACACAGCUGUCCUACGCCUUGGGAAUUGUCUUCUCAGAGCAAAUUGCAGGCUUUGUUCCAAAAGGUACUCACACAUGGGAGAAGUUUGUUUCACCUGAAAAGCUAGAGAGUAUCUUGGAAUCAAAUGGUCUGUCAGUUCAAACUGUGGCAGGAAUGCUCUAUAAUCCCUUCUCACGUUACUGGCAUUGGAGUGACAGCACCAGCCUUAACUAUGCAGCCCAUGCCGUGAGGGCCAGUGCUCAGGACCAGCUGGAGCCUGCUGAGUCCCAUUUAAAGGGGGGAACAGAAGCCGUCCAAGCUAAUGCCUCCAGUCACCCAAGUGUGCAUGAAGAGCAGAAGAAUUGAGAUACCUCUUUUUGCUUAAAGCUUUGUUGUUUACAAACUCAGAAAACUUAUUUUUUGAGAGAGAGUCUGAAGAACAGAAGGUCAAUAAAAAUAUCUGAAUCAUUGGAGAAAAGUUUCUGUGUCCCCUAAGAGACACUUUUUGAGGAAUUUUCUGUUGAGGUUCAUCAAGUGUGGCCAAGGAGUUUAGUCUCUCACCUUUUAUUAUAGAAAUGUAUGUUCAGUUCAUUUUAGGUAUUAGGCAUUUUCACAUGUAUAUACAGAAACAUUCUGUUAUUUAUUUUAACUUAAGGAAUCUCUGUUGUCUGUGGUCUUCCUUUAUUUUUAGUUAAAAUAUACAAGACCCCUGAUUUAUAAAAGGCAUGUGUAGUUUUUAUCACUUAUACUUGGGAAUACACAAUAUAUAUUUUAAACCUAGGGUGGUGGUGCACAUCUUUAAUUCCAGCACUUAGAAGU